GGCGGCUGUGCGCGCUCCCGCGACUCUCUCGUCAUAGACAACAAAGCUGUACCGUCUUCCAUAACUGCGAGGGGUGCAGACUGAAGGAAUAACCCGAUUUAUUCUGGACAGAUCGAAAUGGAUAUGGAUCUACAUAGGGUGUAGCAUCGCUGGAGACCGAGCCAUCACGGCUGGGGUGACGACAGGACAUUGGCGAAAACCGUCGACACUAACACCAGUGUGUUUUUUUCUGUCUCGGGGUGCUUUGUCUUGUCCACCUAACGAUAGCGAACCAUCAUUCCCGUUGCCAGAUAUCCAGCUAGUGAUUACUAGCUGGCGUCGGGAUGCGCCACCAUGUUAACGCCUAAAUGUAAUUGCUAGUGCGACUCGAUUGUUGGAGGAAAAGAAGAAACCCUCACCGAGGUACCCAGCGGGGUGUCACUGGGACCUGAAUCCGUGUUUGUCCACACUGUUUUCGGCGACAUGGCGGAGCAGGGCUACUCAUCCUGGGCGUACUCCUUAGUUGACUCCAGCCAGGUGUCCACCUUCCUAAUCUCAAUCCUCCUCAUCGUCUAUGGAAGUUUCAGGUCAUUAAACAUGGAUUGUGAAAACCAGGAGAAGGAUAAAGAUGGGAACCCCACAACAACAGGGUCUUUUAACAACAGCAACACAAACAACAGUAUUCAGACCAUAGACUCCACACAAGCAUUGUUCCUGCCAAUAGGAGCCUCUGUCUCUCUCCUAGUCAUGUUCUUCUUCUUUGACUCUGUUCAGGUGGUCUUCACAAUCUGCACUGCAGUGCUUGCAACAAUUGCAUUUGCAUUCCUCUUGUUGCCAAUGUGCCAGUAUCUGACCAGGCCGUGCUCCCCACAGAACAAAAUUUCAUUUGGCUGCUGUGGGCGCUUCACUCUGGCCGAGUUACUGUCCUUCUCCCUCUCAGUGAUGUUGGUGCUCAUCUGGGUUUUGACCGGACACUGGCUGCUCAUGGAUGCUUUGGCCAUGGGCCUCUGUGUUGCCAUGAUUGCAUUUGUGCGGCUGCCCAGUCUGAAGGUGUCGUGCUUGCUGCUAUCGGGCCUGCUCAUCUAUGAUGUGUUCUGGGUUUUCUUCUCAGCUUACAUAUUCAACAGUAACGUGAUGGUCAAGGUCGCCACCCAACCUGCUGAAAAUCCCAUCGACGUCCUGUCCCGGAAGCUUCACCUGGGGCCAGGGAUGGGCCGUGAUGUCCCCCGCCUGUCCUUACCUGGCAAACUGGUCUUUCCCAGCUCAACAGGGAGUCACUUCUCAAUGUUGGGGAUUGGAGACAUAGUGAUGCCGGGGCUACUUUUAUGCUUCGUUCUGCGCUACGAUAACUAUAAGAAGCAAGCCAACGGUGAAGUCCCGGGGCCAGGGAACAUGUCGGGCCGCAUGCAACGGGUCUCGUAUUUCCACUGUACUCUCAUUGGAUACUUUGUGGGUCUGCUGACUGCAACCGUGGCAUCCAGGAUCCAUCGUGCUGCUCAGCCUGCUCUGCUCUACCUGGUGCCCUUCACCCUGCUGCCUCUGCUCACUAUGGCCUAUCUGAAGGGGGAUUUGCGGCGCAUGUGGUCCGAGCCCUUUCACGCCAAGUCCAGCACCUCGCCACGAUUCCUGGAGGUAUGAUGCACCUUGUGACGACUGACCAGCCGGGGAAGGACUGCAGAUUCAUUCCCCCUAAAUCGGAGGGAAGGAGAGUGGGCACACUCACAGUGAGGCCAUGUCGUCAUCACCUCUUCAUGCUUUCCACCAAUCUUCUGUGAGCAGCCUUGGAUGGACGCCGGCGUGUGCAUGUGUGUGUGCGCACGCACACACAUGGCUCUGUGUGUGUGCGUGUGCGGAUCACAAAGCCCCAACACGACUCAUCUUUGGUCACUGCAUCCUCCCAGGUUCAUCUCAGCUUCCUGCUUCUGUUUGUUUCCUCUUCAUUAGAGCACAUCCUGUCUCUGCUGUUUUGGUUCCACCUCUUCGCUCUGUUCCUCCUCUCUGACUCCAUUUGCCAGCGGAUGAACUGGAGCGCUAGGCCUCCCUGUUUUGUGUGGACUUGCCGAUGUGAGACACAGUUGAGGUUUACAUCUGUUUUUUUCUUUUUUAGUAUUGUUGUGGUCAUUAUUCAUAUUAUUAUUAUUAUUAUUGAGGAAUGACUAAAGCUGAUCAAGUGCAGCGCGGCAGCAGGCAGAGCUGGCUAGAGUUGACAGCAACAGGAGUCUUUCAGCUCAUCUUCCAUGACAAAUGCUUCUCUGUCCCUCCUCCCACCCCUUCCCUCCAGAGGUCCGCCCUCCUCCUCCUCCUCCCCUCUUGUUCAUCUGCUGUCCCUGGCCUCACAGAUAACUAUGUAUUUUAUUUAGAAAAGUUUUAUUCUUGGCAUAUACAGAAAUGAUGCAUUAUAAAUUGUGACGCUGCCUCCAGUGUUGAAGCGGCUGCCUCUAUUUGUAUAUACGUGUACACAUGUACUUGCGGUAUCUUGAGUUUAUAUUUGUGUUGGGGAGCAUGUGGAAGAGGGUGGGAAGCUAACGCCAGCCAGCAGGCUCAUUUUUCUAAACGGUUCGGCAGCCAGCUGCUUCAAUUUGAAGAUUUUCUCAAGUUUUAUAAGCUUGCUCUGGAAAAAAAGUGACAACACAUCCAAAAAGACGACCUCAGCAUCGGUGGCUGGAUGAUGUAAAUGUUAGUUUCCUGUUCCCGUGAGUGAGAGCGUGCGUGUGAGAGUGAACCGGAUGAGUUUUACUUUUGCUUUUAAUUGAAUUCAUGUCAAAACGGUGACAAUAGUCAGGUUUCCAUUGAAGUGUACGGAUCAGCACAGUUGAAGAAAACAGUUGAAUACUGUAAAUGAACUCACUACUUCUGUAGUUUUUUUUUUUUUUUCUCCAGACAGAUGGAAAUGUAAACAGUGUUUUUUUUCCAAAUAAAUGAAUGUUGACUUGAUUUUAAAUGUAGCUUUCAUCGUGAAACCUCAUCGUGCUGAGUUUUGUACUGUUCGUCUUCGCACAAGUCAUUUAUUGCUAUUUAAUACCUUCAACACUUUUUAACAAAAAGUUUUGAACCAUGUGUAAAUGCCUGAGGUGUCUUUUUUUUUUUUUUUUUUUUGCUACGGCAUCAGUUACAACAAGCAGCACAUUUUAAUCAGGUUCUCCUCGCUCAAUGAAGACCUGACUAUUGUGCGAUGGGAUCAGUAGAGAGCAUCUGGUCUGGAUGGAUGUUGGCGUGCGUGUGUGCGUGCGUGUGAGCGUGUGUGUGUGCGCGUCUUUGUGAUCAAACAACUGUCUGAUUGGAUCUGGAUGGGGGAGGGAGUGACCUUUUCCCCUUCACAAAUCCUAAAAUGUAAGUUAGACUCUAACCAACAGGCUGUCACCUUGACUGACUUGCUUUUGUUUCCAGCUUUCCACUGUUCAGUGGUGCUCAUCCGUUGAAUCUAAUUUAUACUGGAACCACAACAGUGUAUACAGACCAAGAUGAGGCUUCUGAUUUUUUUUUUUGUUUGUUUUGUACUAUCUGGACGUGCAUGUUAAGUGUACAGUGUAUCAGACUGCAUUCACUGGGCUGCUGCAGUUUUUGCCAGGCCACGCACUGGACCUUCUGGUCAGCGACUAAGACAAAGUUGAAAGGUCACAAAGGACUGGUCAGCACUGACCCCCCCACCCCCCUGCUCACUAUUAGGACCUGACUGGAGGCUGAGAUGUCAGGCCAGCUGCCUGGUGCAGGAACAGGAACUUUGACAUCCUGGAACCACAAACUUUCUCGUGAACAUAGAGAGAAAACCUAGAUUUCUAUUCAUAUAUAGGUAUACAUUCACGCACAUACCUGUGUGUGUGUGUGUGUCUAUAUACAUAUAUAAAGUAACUGAUGACGAUCAUUGUGGUUACAUUUUUAACAAUGGUUUUCUCCCCUUUUUUAUUUCCUCCUCUCCCCUCUUCCAGAGAACUGUCGAUUGAUAUUAUUGCUGAAGGGUUCUGUAUAGACAAAUGGUGAAUAAAUAAAUUAAGAACUGUGUUGUGAAACAUGAAUCCUGAAGCGCUGGGUCUCCAAUAUUCUGUCUCCCUACAACCCCUCCAUCUCCCCUCCUUCCCUCCUCGUUCAGGAUUCUGCUGUAAAUAAACAUGACUCUAACUGUAACCGCUGGCUGUCUGGAGUUUAUCU